AUGUCCUCAUCGUUCAGUUUUCCUCGUCCGACGACUACGACCGAUAAUCUUGAGGAUCUCUACAAGGUGUAUGGGGUCGAUCGCGCCGUCGUUCUUGAUUUGACCGGUGCGACUGAGACUCCCAAAACCGUACGAGGAGGGUAUUGCGGAGCCUAUCGUUCUUUCUUUCACUCUUGCGGUCUUACCUUCCCGAUUCCGGAGCCUGUGCUCGAGAUUCUGGCAGAGCUUGGAUUAUUCUUUACACAAAUCCUCCCGAAUUUUCUUAGGCACCUUAUUGCGUUAUUGGUUAGGGCUAGGGAGGAAGGUCUUCCUUUUGGCCUCGGUGAGUUCCGACACCUCGUUCUGGUGAAGCGGAACAAGGAGAAUCCUGGUACCUUCCUCGUGUCUCCGCGCCCGGGUCGCCACAUCAUCGAGGACGUCCCCUAUCGUAAUGAGAAGUGGCACGAGCAGUUUUUCGUUUUUAACGUGGAUCGAGCGUCUGUGGGCGAUUUUGAUUUCUCUCGACUUCCCCGGAAUUGGGCUGAGAAUAUCGCUCCUUCCGGAAGUUCAUUGAUGUCAGACGAGAUUCGUGGUCUGAUCGAAGUCCUUCGGAGAGGUCAUUUGAACUGGUCUUCAUUUGACCAGACUCGAAUUCAAGCUGCUUUCGCCAUGCCAGAAGAGACCAACAGGCCCCCCCUGGUUGAGGGUUCUGAGGAUGAGGCGAAAUACUCCCGGGAAGUCGUUACGACCCCUUCCGUUCAAGGUCAAUCUUCAGAUCGACUGGUUAGACAGCUCGUGAGGAGGUCGUCGUUUCGUGCUUCUGGGUCGGCAUCAAGGAGCCGAGCUUUUGAUAGACCUCCUUUGAUCUCGAUUCGGGACACCGAAGAUGAAGGUUCUUCUUUAGAGGAGCGAUCUCCAAUCUUGUUGAGCCCUGGUUUGGAAGAUGAGACCGUGCCACGACCCAUAAGCGGCGUCAGUCGUCGAAGGCCGCCUUGCCCGGUCCAUCUUGUCCUAGGCUUGUUCCUGAAGGCGAUGGUUCUUUGUUUGCGGCUCAAGGCGACUUAA